AGCUGCAGAGGCAGAGCCAGAUGUGCCCCAGCAGUGAGGUGAGCUCUGUCCAUGGAGAAGUCCCUCACAGUCCUGCAGGUGACCCUGUACCACUCCACACAGGGACCAACUGCCUUCACCAAUGUCCCAUCGCGAUUGCAGCAUGACACCAGCCCACUGCUGGUUGGCCGGGGGCAGGACGCUCACCUCCAGCUGAAGCUCCCUCGACUCUCCCGCCUACACCUGUCCCUGGAGCCCUACCGGGAGAAGGGCAGCACUCUGCUGUCCUUCUGCCUCAAGGCCCUGAGCCACAGGGGCUGCGUGUGGGUCAAUGGGCUGAUGAUCAGGUACCUGGAACAGGUACCCCUGAGCACUGUCAACAGGGUCAUCUUCUCUGGAGUCCAGAUGGUGAUCCACAUAGACUGGGGUGUCUCCCUUGAGGCCUUCGUCUGCUGCUUCCAUCUCAGCCCAUCACCCCUGAUUUACAGGCCUGAGGCAGAGGAGACUGAUGAAUAUGAAAGCAGCCCCCAGGAGCAGCCUCCCCUGGUUUCGAGAGAGGCGACUCCAGGUCACCUGGGGUUUCUCCAAGGCCCUUCUCAGACUCAGGACAGCUCUCCCCAGCAAAGCUCUAGAGGAGAAACAGAAAUACAGCUCCAGAGGGAGCUCACAGACGGUGCACUCUGCUAG